UUCUUAUUUCCUUCCUCUCGUAGUUUCGAUGGUAUUGUCAAUCGCUUCGCAGUCGCGGACGAUCCGCAAUAGAAUAACAGGAGAAUUCUAAUUCCGAGCUAUGACUAGUCGUUCUUUAACGAACGGCAUGAGGCUGCGAUCCAUUUGCCGUUGCCUUUCGACCAGAGGUUAUGUCGGCGUAUGUAAUCGCCCGGAUUUGUGUACGAACGACAAAUCGGGCCGUACAAAUUUCGCAGUUGCUAGUAUCGGCGAUGCGUCUCGUCGCUGCAGGAAUUAUUCGAGCAACGUACCAUCCAAAUGUUGGAAAUGCGACUUCCAGUACAAGUCGGAUCUAUUUUGCUCCAAGUGCAGGGCGCUACAGGAGCCGCCCGAGAAUCUGAAUUAUUUUCAAAUAAUCGGCGUCAAACGGGAUUACGACCUGAAGAAUGACGAAGUCCACAAAAAGUACAGAGAAUUACAAAAAUUUCUGCAUCCUGACAGAUUUAGCAAUAGUACAGAGAAAGAGAGAGAAUUAUCCGAGAACCUAUCCUCACUGGUCAACAAGGCUUACAGUACGCUAUCACACCCUCUGAGCAGGGGUUUGUACAUGUUGGCAUUGGAGAAGUUGGAAAUACCCGAGGGAACGACUACUUUAGAUCCUGAAUUUCUGAUGACGGUAAUGGAGAAAAACGAGGAGAUCGAAGCGGCCACUGACAAUGCUGAGAAAGUCAUGAAAUUGAUGAAGGAAAAUAGGAAAGUAUUAGCGGAAUACACCAGACAAGUUUCAACUGCUUUUCGAGAGAAAAAUAUUGAGCUGGCUAAAAAACUUCUUGUCAAAAUGAAGUACUAUGCUAGUAUGGAAGCAAGAUUGAAAAACCUGAAAGAAAAUCUUGGAAUUGUCGAGUAGAACAACUGUUGGAGCUAAACUAUAAAAUAACUCGAGGCUGGAGGAAUACAAACAGCACAAGACUUUUGUUCUGCAUUAGUAAUGAGUAUUUCUCACUUUACUGGUAAUCUUAUUUACCUUAUUUUACAUUUCAUGGAUGGUUUUCUGUGCUGAAGUUCUCUAAUAAUUAUGUAAUACAUAAGCUACACUUUCCCAACAAUAUUUAAACGUUCCAAGAUGUUUCUCAAUAGACUUUCCUCAGAUUGUCGGUAUAAAAUUCCACAAGUGUUCAAUUUGUAAGAAAGUCCUACAAGAAUCGGAGUGCAAAUAAUUUAAUUUAUACUUUCUAACACUUUCGCAU